AUGGAAGCUGACCUCGAACCUUUGUUCGGCUGCCUACAGUUGGCAGGUCCUGACAUGUUGAUUGAUGGAUACGAUCAAUACAACGAAAAGGAAAAUGAAGUCGUCAACAUCUCCCCCGACGAGGGCUCUGAAGAGCCUACAGAUGCUCUUCCCAGAGCAGAUGAUUACGAAGCCAUGAAAAGACAUGUCCUCGUCGACCUACCCGACACUGAGCCCGAGGCCGAAACAUACAACACCUGGCACAUAGAAAAAUGGCGGACACUGUCAAGAAGAGAACAUGGACCGACCUUUGAGUGCGGUGGCCAUCCUUGGAGGGUCCUCUUCUUCCCCUAUGGAAACCAGGUAGACUGCGCUUCUUUCUACCUGGAGCACGGCUUCGAAGGCGAUCCUCCUGCGGAUUGGUAUGCCUGCGUCCAAUUCUCCCUCGUCCUAUGGAACCCGAACGAUCCAUCCUUAUUCCGCACACAUUCCGCCACUCACCGAUUCAACGCCAAAGAAGGUGAUUGGGGUUUCACAAGAUUUGUAGAACUCAGAAAAGCAUUCCACCAGCCUUGGGAAGAAGGAACGAGACACCUCAUCGAGAAUGACGAAGCAAACUUGACUGCAUACAUACGCAUCAUCAAAGAUCCUACUGGUGUACUGUGGCACAACUUUGAAGGAUAUGAUUCAAAGAAGGAAACAGGAAUGGUGGGCUUGAAAAAUCAAGGAGCAACAUGCUACCUCAACUCCCUCAUACAAUCACUAUACUUCACCGACGCCUUCCGCAAAGCCGUAUACCAGAUUCCAACCGAACAGGAAGCGAAUCGAAGUAACAGCGCAUGGACUCUGCAAAGAUUAUUCUACAGACUACAAAAGGACAAAUUCGCAGUCUCGACCAACGAACUAACGGCGUCUUUCGGCUGGGAUACCCGACAGAUCUUUGAACAACAAGAUGUGCAGGAGCUGUCUCGAAUACUGAUGGAAAAUCUGGAGAAGAAGAUGAAAGGCACCCCGGCGGAGAGAACACUCCCAGAGUUGUUUGUCGGCAAGACGAAGACAUACAUCUCCUGCAUCAAUGUGGACUUUGAAUCUUCCAGGAUAGAAGAAUUCUGGGAUCUGCAGCUCAAUGUCCGCGGCAACAAAAACUUGCACGAAAGUUUCAUGGACUAUAUUCAGGUGGAGACCCUGGAAGGCGAGAACAAAUAUGAUGCGGGUGAGCCUUACAAGCUGCAAGACGCAAGGAAAGGCGUCAUCUUUGAGAGUUUCCCGCCAGUUCUACAUCUACAGUUGAAACGAUUUGAGUACGACAUCAAUCGUGACGCCAUGAUGAAGGUCAACGACAGACACGAAUUCCCUGAAAAUUUUGACGCCUCCCUAUACCUUUCUGAUGAAGCCAAGGCAUCUACGAACGAGCCUUGGAUGUACGAACUGCACGGAGUAUUGGUGCAUAGCGGUGAUUUCAAUGCUGGCCAUUAUUACGCUUUCCUCAAGCCGACCAAGGAUGGUCAUUUCUACAAAUUCGACGAUGACAGAGUUACUCGAGCCACUAUGAAAGAGGUACUAGAGGAGAACUAUGGUGGCGAGUACGCUAAUGUCGCUAAUGGCGGGCCUGGGCAACGGCAGCCCUACAUGAGGGGCUACUCUACCAAGCGAUCCAUGAAUGCCUACAUGUUGGUGUACAUUCGAAAAAGCAGAGUGGACCAAGUUCUUCUCGGAGUCCAAGAAACCGACAUCCCAUCACAUAUCGAAAGAAGGAUUUCUGAGGAGCAAACCGAACUGGCCAGAAAGAAGAAAGAACGCGAAGAAGCACAUCUCUACAUGAACGUUGGCCUGAUAACCGAGAAGACCUUCCAGUCUCACCACUCGUUCGACCUCACGAACUAUGAUCUAGAAUCUAGCGACCCAGCAGCUCCACAGGUCCAUCGACUAUUGCGUACAACCAAAGUCAGCGAAUUUGCAGCCACAGUUGCCGAACAGGAAGGCCUUGGUCCGGAGCAAAUCAGAUUUUGGGUCAUGGUUGGCAGGCAGAACAAGACAAAUCGUCCAGACCAGCCAAUCCGAGAAGUCGACAUUUCCAUCGAAGAAGCUAUGAAUAAAUACGGGUCUAGGGGACGUCCGUUUUAUUUGUGGGCUGAAGGUGCCCCAAGAUCAGAAGAUGGCAAAGUCCAUUUCCCUGACACAACACAAGGCGCUGGUGGCAAUGCUCCGAUUUUGGUGUUUCUCAAGUACUUCGACGUGAAAGCGCAGACGUUGACCGGUGUUGGACAUGUCUAUGUCAGAAAACUCGACAAGGUCGCGGACGCUGCACCGCAAAUCAACAAAAUGAUGCAGUGGGAUCCGAGCACGUCGAUACUUCUGUUCGAGGAAAUCAAGUUUUCAAUGAUCGAAGCGAUGAAGCCGAAGCAAACAUUCCAGCAAUCCGAGAUCCAAGAUGGCGACAUCAUUUGCUUCCAGCAAAACCUGCCCGAUCUCGAUUCGUCCACAGUCACCUACACCGAUGCUCGUCAGUACUACGACUACCUUUUGAACAAAAUACCCGUCACAUUCUAUCCCAGACCAGGAACAGAAGGGGAAGCUUUCGUGCUAAACCUCAGCAAGAAGAUGACCUAUGAUCAAUUCUCCGGCAAAGUUGGCGAUCAUCUGAAGGUGGACCCCACUCACAUCCGCUUCGCUACCAUCAGUGCAACGAACAACAAGAUCAAGAUGUGGAUUAAACGUGGCUUGAAUCACAACCUCAAUCAGAUCUUACAAUCACAGUUUUCCUCUUAUGGUGGGUAUGCCACGCAUCGUCCCGAUGGUUUAUACUACGAAGUCCUGGAAACGAGUCUGGCCGAUUAUGAGACCAAGAAAAUUAUGAAAGUCAUUUGGCUUAGCGAUGGCAUCAGCAAAGAGGAACAACUGGAGGUACUCGUCGCCAAGAACGGCAUCAUCGGAGACUUGAUCAGUGGCAUCGCGACUAAACUGAAACUUGAUGAAGAAGUUGCGCGAAACAUUCGCAUUCUCGAAGUGCAUGGGGGUAAAAUCCACAAGGAACUGAUCGAGGAUUUCAACGUCGUUGGCGUCAACGAGUUCACAACUUUAUACGCCGAAAGAAUACCGGACGAGGAGCUCAACGCCUCAGAUGAUGACAGAUUCAUAUACUGUUACCAUUUUGACAAAGAGGCCAACAAACCGCAUGGCGUCCCCUUCAAGUUCAUGCUCAAGCCCGGCGAGACGUUGAAGGAGACGAAAGAACGAAUCAGCAAGAGGACAGGUAUCAAGGGCAAGCUUCUACAACAGAUCAAGUUCGCUCUGGUGUCCAGAGCAUUGUACGCCAAACCCAAAUAUCUCGAAGAUGACGAUGUCAUAGUGGACCUCAUCCAAGACGGAGAUGAAAUGCUUGGUCUAGAUCAUGUCAACAAGGCCAGAAAUUUCUGGGGUAGGGCAGAAGGCAUGUUCAUUCGAUAG